UGGAGGCUGGGGAUAAACAUUACCAUCCCAGCUGUGCCAGAUGCAGCCGGUGCAACCAGAUGUUCACAGAAGGAGAAGAGAUGUACCUGCAAGGAUCGACUGUUUGGCAUCCAGGCUGUAAGAACACCACCAGAACAGAGGAGAGGCACCGGGAGCGGCCUACGAGGUCGUCGUCCGAGAGUAUUUGUUCCAGACCUGGUUCAAGCAUACCGGGCUCACCGGGUCACACCAUCUAUGCAAAAGUAGACAAUGAGAUCCUUGAUUACAGAGACCUAGCUGCCAUUCCAAAAGUCAAAGCCAUUUAUGACAUUGAGCGCCCCGACCUUAUAACCUAUGAACCCAUGUACACCACCGCCCUGGAAGAGAGAGACGAGAGACGAGAGAGUGUGGCCGAGAUCCACACCGCCAGGAGGGAACGCUCCCCUUUACCUGAAGAUAAGCCUUCAAGAAACAUGUCACCGACCCCGUCUGGCGAGGGCUCGUACGACAGACGGGAACGGAUCCUCCAAAGGUCCACCAGUCAGGGCUCCAUCGGAUCACCUGUUUAUAAUCGCCAUGGUUACACCCCCACCCUGUCACGGUCACCACAACAUUUCCACAGGCCAGGUCAGUCCAGCAGGAGGACAGGGGUCACGGGGGUCACAGUCAAACUGGGUUCUGAUCUAAAGUUGGAACAGUGGUCCUGGUCUAAGAAACCCAGCUCUGUCAUUUCUUAAAUGUCGAGGGUUUCCAGUGC